UUCGCUAAGGAGCUUAAGGAGAAAAUGUUGAGGUCGUUCUCCUCGUACAAGACUAAGAAAGAGUUGAAGGAGGUGUUGCGCAAAUAUGGGAUCGUGAGUGAGGAUAUAACUCGCAUUCCUCAGUUUAAACCAGUCACCCAUCCUAUUGAUGAAGACUCCCCCGAAUUUAUGCUCUGUAUUGACGAUAUUCUUCGCAGGAUAAGAAACAUGGGGCCUGUCGUAGAUAGUAACGUUAUGAAUAUAACUGGUGAAGAAAAUACUGGCCGUGUCGACUACGCCAUCAAGAAGAUCCUGGACGAUUUGCUCGAAGAAAUAAUUUGCAUAACCGAGGGCAAACUAAAUCAGGCGACUGUGG